AUGGAAUAUUCUACAAACAAUGAUGAUAUUAGUACUGAUGGAAUUUCAAGUGAUCCUGUUCUUAUUUCCGAAACGGAUUCCGUACAAACAGAAACAACGCAAUCAUCAUAUAGCGGGGGACGACCCCAAGAAGAUAUUUGGAAAGAAUAUGACAUUAUAAACAAUGGAAAAGGAAAGCAUAAAGGAGCACGGUGUAGAUAUUGUACUACAUCAUGGACUCGAGGAAGAGCUCAGGAUAUGAAGGCUCACCUUGGAAUGAAAUGUAAAGGGAAGGUACCACGAGAAAUUCGACUUAGGGUACUUCGGGACCUUCAAAGUGAUUUCCUUGAACCUGGUAUAUAUACAAACCAUGUUCUUAAAAAAGCUUUAGAAAUAUGGAAGCAACAAUUUGGAGGUGGUCGAAUUAGCGCAGAUCUACUAAAAACUCAAAUGAAUUUAUACAAAAACCAAAAGUAUCCCUUUAAAGAUAAAUUCAUUGCAUCUGCUGAUACAAUUACUAAUUGGUGGAUGUCUAGAGAUCUUAAAAGAAAUGAAGACCAUAUUAAAAAUCUUGCUGAAAAAGUACACUCUAUUUCCCCCCAUAAUGCUGCCUGUGAGCGUGUCUUUAGCAUACUAGGGUGGUAUUUCGGAAAAAGGCGAACUAGGCUAAGUAUUGGGCGCCUGGAGAUUAUGGCUCAGAUGCAUUCAUAUUUGAUCGAGAACACUAAGUCAGAGCUUAAUUAUGUGAAUCCAAAUUUUCCUCAAGAGGAUUUCUUAUCAAUUUUCAACAAAAUCGCAAGUUCCAUGAAAGAUGGCACGGAUUUAUUUGGCGAGGAAGAGUCGAUUUCUUUUUCGGAAGAACUUACGGAAGAACUGAUGGAAGAGCUGUUGGAAGAAGACAUGGAAAGUCUUGAUGAACCAGUUGACUUAGAUCAAGAAAACUCAAAUUUAGAAAUAGGAAGUUUCAUAAAUUUACAAUCAAAGUUAGAGAUUGAUGAGUCUUUAGGUGUAAAUGAAGAAAUUGUACAUGGGGAUAAAGAUUUUGAUGUAAAUGAUUUGCUUUAUUGA